AUGGAUUUCGGCAAUGUGAGCAGACAUAAGGCUUAUGUGGAGCCCCAGGACUAUCCUCUCAACGCUGCGGCAUUCGCGUAUACCAAGGCUAGGGAGAAUCUAGGGUUGCGCGAUGUUGAUUUCAAGGAAGCUACAGCACGGGUAGGGUAG